GAUUUGCGCUUUCUUCUGCAUUUUCCCUUAACCAAUUCUCGCCGGAGAGCUCCCGUGGACUUGUGUAUAAAGAAGAGGAUGUUGAAGUUCCUAUCAAAAGUAAAGAUUGAGUUCAACACAUUGGAUCCAAGACUCGCGUCUUGCGUGGAGUUCUUGGCUCAGUGCAACGCGAGGAAAGCCAAAGAGUCGAACCCUAACUGUCAGGUUCUGGUGAAACGUAGAACAGACGAUCAGCCACCGCAGAUCAGUGUCACUUUCGUUAAUGGUGUUGAGGAAGCUUUCGAUGCGGCUGCCACGUCGGCUCAAUCUAUCAGGAAGAUGAUUCUUGAUAAAGGGCAGUAUCUUGAGACAGAACAGAUGUUCCGUGAAGCCGGGGAGCAGUGGCCUGUCAUCAUCCCUGAGGAAGAGAUUCACCAAGAAGCUCCUGGUGUUAAGCCGAGGAAAGCAGAAGACAAGAAGCAAUGAUGAUCCGCUUGAUUUUGGGUUUUGCUCUUUGUUCAGUUUGCAUGUCUAGCAUUGGGAAUGAAUAACUCUUGAUAUGUGUUUCAAGCUUUGGGUUUCAGGUUGGGACAUGUAGAUUUGUAUUGUUUCUUACUUUUGUGUGAACUUGAAAUGGGUGAACUUUUGAUCAGAAACCAUGAAGUUUAAUUUCAUGUCUUUCUUUUCUGAAUAUGAAGCUCGUAAGGCUUGUUUUGCAAAAUAAUGAGCCAACACACUGGUGAUUCUAGUUAUAAACUUAUAGCAGACCAAAGGAAGUAUAACUAGAUAACGCUUUGAAUACCAUAGAUGUCGUUGUGAUACUUUGUUUUAAUGUUUCGGAUUAGAUCCGUUGCAUC